AGCCAAUUUAUAAAAAUACACAUCCUUUGGCUACGCGAGCAACAAGUCGACAGGCGUCGGCCGUUGAUUUGGUCGACCUAUACCCCAACAAGCGACAGGUGGACGUCUCACUUGAAGAAAGUGAAAAAGGGCACAAGUCCGCUGCCUGCCGGGGGAUUUCCUUUGGCGUUUUCUUGAUUCAACACCAAAAGCAACAAAUAAUUCAUGCUCAUACAUCUACCUAAUACCAACUUUAGAUCCCAACACUCUGCUGCUUUUCCUGUUUUCCAAACAACAGUUAGCCCCCCACUAUCAUUCAAAAGCUUCUUCCUUUUCUUUACCCUCAUUGCUUUCUUUCCCAUACUCCACUUUCAAGUUUAUUUAAUAAACAAAAUCCACUCCAUUUCCCUUCUCAUUCCUUCCCACAGAGGAUUUUCUUUAUCAAAAUGCAUCCCCUUCCAUCGCCCCCACCAUGCACACCUCCUUCUGUCAGGCAAACCAAGCCGUCUCCUCUUUAUCAGAUUGUCUUGCCAAUGCACGCCAAGAACCAGCAAGAUUUGACGUCCGACUCGCUGCUGCAUAGCGGCAAGCUUAGAACAAGAGAGCCACCCAUUCUCAGGCAACCUCGAAGGACAAAGCCGAUAGUAUGGUUUGGUGCAGUCCUGUGUAUGAUGUUUAGCCUCCUCCUCAUCUUCUUUGGGGUUGCUACUUUAACCAUAUUCAUUGCUGUUCAACCAAGAACUCCGGUUUUUGACACUCCAGCAGCAAGCCUCAGUGCCAUCUACUUUAGCUCGCCCGAGUUUGUUAAUGGUGACAUAACAUUUCUAGCUAAUUUUUCGAACCCGAAUAGGAAAUUGAGUGUUAGAUUUGAGUACCUGUAUGUUGAGCUCUAUUUCUCAGAAAGUUUAAUAGCAAGUCAAGUUCUUCAACCCUUCAGUCUGAGUCCUGGACAGGCACGCUUCGUGUCGAUCCGCAUGCUAUCAAACAUGGUCCACGUACCACCAACUCUAGCUAUGGAACUUCGAAACCAGGAGCAGAGGAACAGGGUCGUCUACAGCAUCAAAGGAACUUUCAGAGUGAAAGUUAAGCUAGGUCUAGUUCAUUACUCUUACUGGAUGCAUGGGAAAUGCCAGUUGGAAAUGACAAGUCCCCCUAAUGGUAUCCUGGUAUCCCGUAGCUGCAGAACCAAGAAAUAGAGGCAGGAAGGCUUUCCAUUUGCUUUGCCCCUGUUGUUCUCAUACAUUUAGGAUUUGAACAUAAAUCCAAGUUUUUAUAGUACACUGUAUUCAUGACGAACAAUUCUUUUGGAGUGCAGAGAUCAGCUUAAAAGGGAUGAAGGAGUCCCUCGUUACAUUAAAAAAAGUUGCAUCUUAUCUAUUGAUAGUGCAUGUCCAUUGUUAAUCAGAUGAGACAGGUGAAACAACUAUAUGAACCAGAAUAGCCACUGAGUCUUCAUAUUGUCAAAACUGGAAAACGAGAAGAAUCCAACCAUUUUGUUCAAUGAGUACAUAUAUGUAAUUAUCAAGCCUCUGUACUGAUAAAGCUUAAAAGCGAAGAAAAGACUCUCUCUCUCAAAAAUUAUACGCUCAGAGGCAAAAAACAAGAGCUAUUGUUUAAUGGAGUUUGGAACUUAUCCACCUUUAUACAAAGAUUUUGAAUC